AGUCGGCUCAAACCGCCGUUAAGCCCUUCGACGUCCGGGCUGUUUCCUCCGUGUCCGUCUCUUCCAGCUGUUGGAGAAUAUGGAGAGAAGGUCACACCGCUUCCCUCGGAUGAUAAGAUGAGCAGCGCUGCUUCCCUCCAGCGGUGUUGAGGUUCCGUGUCCCGGCGGGGCGGCUGGAUGUUCCGGGCAGCGGCGGUUCAGGUGGCGGCUCCGGGGAGACGCUGCGAUGCUACGUGGGCAUCUGGAAACACAGGGCUGUUCCGGCUCCAACCGCUGCUGUUGACGACGCUGUUAACGACGCUGCCUGGCCGGGGCUUUUACCAGAGCCGGGGCUUUUACCAGAGCCGGGGCUUUUACCGCACCGUUCCCCCUCUGUAGUCUGGAUUGUAUUCUAUCUGCGGUGCUGUAUCUGCGGUUCUAGGGAGGAUUGUUGUAUCUGCGGUUCCAGGGAGGAUUGUAGGGCAUGGCUGCUCGAAGCAGGAGAGCCUGGUUCUCGGUUCUGCUGGGGCUGGUGCUCGGGUUCACCCUCGCGUCCCGGCUCAUCCUGCCCCGGGCGGGGGAGCUGAAGAGAGGCGGCCAGAAGAGACGGGCCAGCCCGGCCGCCUGCGGCCAGACCGGGGGACGGGGGACGGAGCAGGACGGGGGUCUGUGGCCGCAGGGGAGGAGAGAGGGGACCGGGGCCGAGGAGGAGCCGGAGUCCCGGUCCCGGUCCAGGUCCAGGUCCCGGGCCGGAAACUUCCUGUUUGUCGGAGUGAUGACGGCGCAGAAGUACCUGGAGAGCCGCGCCGUGGCGGCGCACAGGACAUGGGCACAAACAAUCCCUGGCCGUGUGGAGUUCUUCUCCAGCGAGGGCUCCGACACCUCCAUACCCAUCCCCAUCGUGGCUCUGAGGAACGUGGACGACUCCUACCCGCCCCAGAAGAAGUCCUUCAUGAUGCUGAAGUACAUGCACGACCACUACCUGGAUAAGUACGAGUGGUUCAUGCGGGCGGACGACGACGUCUACAUCAAGGGGGACCGGCUGGAGGGGUUCCUGCGGAGCCUGAACAGCAGCGAGGCCAUCUUCCUGGGCCAGACGGGCAUGGGGGCCCGGGACGAGCUGGGGAAACUGGCCCUGGAACCCGGGGAGAACUUCUGCAUGGGGGGGCCGGGGGUCGUCAUGAGCCGGGAGGUCCUGAAGAGGAUGGUGCCGCACAUCCGGGAGUGUUUACAGGAGACGUACACCACCCACGAGGACGUGGAGGUGGGCCGGUGCGUGAGGAGGUUCGCCGGGGUCCAGUGUGUCUGGUCCUACGAGAUGCAGCAACUCUUCUACGAGAACUACGAGCCAAAUAAGAAGGGCUACAUCCGAGAGCUCCACAGCAGCAAGAUCCAUCGAGCCAUCACUCUGCACCCCAACAAGAAUCCUCCGUACCAGUACCGCCUGCACAGCUACAUACUGAGCCGCAAGAUUGCCGACCUGCGCCACCGAACCAUUCAGCUCCAUCGAGAGAUCGUCCAGAUGGGCCGUUACGGAGCGCCUGAGCCCAGCCGGGAGGACCUGCAGCUCGGCAUGCCCCCUUCGUUCAUGCGGUUCCAUCCUCAUCAGCGGGAAGACGUUCUUGAGUGGGAGUUUGUGACGGGGAAGUACCUGUUCUCUUCUGCCGACAGUCAGCCACCCCGCCGGGGGAUGGAUUCCUCCCAGAGGCAGGCCCUGGACGACAUCAUCAUGCAGGUGAUGGAGAUGAUCAACGCCAACGCCAAGACACGCGGCCGGGUCAUUGACUUUAAAGAGAUCCAGUACGGCUACCGCAGGGUCAAUCCCUUAUACGGAGCGGAGUACGUGCUGGAUCUGCUGCUGCUGUACAAGAAGCACAAAGGAAAGACCAUGACGGUUCCCGUGAGGAGACACGCCUACCUGCAACAGACCUUCAGUCAGAUCCAAUUCCGAGAGGAGGAAGAGAUGGACGCCAGAGCCCUCGCCAGCCACAUCAACAAGGAGUCCGACUCCCUGUCCUUUCUGUCCAACUCCCUCAAAAUGCUGGUGCCCUUUAAGCUAGCCACUUCUGGGCAGGACCAGAGGGAACCGAAGGAAGAUCAAGUCAACAUCUUGGUUCCUCUGUCGGGGCGCUACGACAUAUUUGUGCGUUUCAUGGCCAACUUUGAACGAGUUUGUCUGAUCCCCAAACUGAACGUCAAACUGUUGAUCCUGCUCUUCAACACGGACAACAACACGGAGCGGGUGAAGCAGGUGGAGCUAAUGAGGGAGUACCACCUGAAGUACCCGCGGGCUGAGAUGGAGAUCAAGCCCGUCACCGGCUCCUUCUCCAGGGCCCUGGCUCUGGAAGUGGGCUCCUUACACUUCUCCAACGACUCCCUGCUGUUCUACUGCGACGUGGAUCUGCUGUUCUCCAGCGACUUCCUGAAGCGAUGUCGAGCCAACGCCGCCCUGGGAGAGCAGGCCUACUUCCCCAUCAUCUUCAGCCAGUACGACCCCAAGAUAGUGUACAACGGGAAGGUCCCGAGCAACAACCACUACGUCUUCACGUCCAAGACGGGUCUAUGGAGGAACUACGGUUUUGGGAUCGUCUGCGCCUACAAGGGCGACCUGGUCCGAGCCGGAGGCUUCGACACCUCCAUACAGGGCUGGGGCUUGGAGGACGUCGACCUUUAUAAUAAAUUUGUUCAGUUGGGGAUUAAGUUGUUCAGGAGUACGGACACGGGAAUCGUGCACGUCCACCACCCGGUCACAUGUGAUCCCAACUUAGAGGCCAAGCAGUACAAGAUGUGCCUGGGCUCCAAGGCCUCGUCCUACGGCUCCACCCAGCAGCUGGCCGAGCUCUGGCUGGAGAAGAACGAGCACGGCUUCAGGAGGCCUGCCAGCAACAACGGCUCAGUCAGGACAGCAUGAUGACGCUUCCGCGUCCACUCCUUCCUCUUAGUGGUGCUGUCACUACUUAAUUUAUUUUUUACUGAAAUGGAAGAUUUCACAUCAUCUAUUUUUUAAAGAAACUACACAGAAAUGCCAUAAUGAACAAAGCAUUGAGAGCCCGGUUGGCUCUGGUGUGGAGGUACGAGAGUAUUAAAGGAGGUUUUUGUGGGAGCAGGAUUGCAGCGCGGCCCGGUCGCUAAAGCAGGACGGUGUAGGAAGUCAGGAGCGUUCAUGCGUGCUUUAAUCAAGUACACAGUCGUGGUCUCCAGAUCUUCCGUUUGUCUCGUGCGCCAAAGUUCUUGUAUGCACGUACAAGACUGACAGGACAGAACCCCGUCCAACUCCGGCCCAGUUUACAGGAGGCUCGACAAACACCAUGAUCACAGCUUCUCAGUGAACCCUAAGGGCUGUUUUAGUUGCAUUUCUUUGAUUUAUUUUCUCCAUAGUUUUAUCAUUUUGGUAACACGAUGUAACACUGUUAAUGUUUUUUUUCUUUUUUUUUUUAUAUAUUUUUCUGUAUUUUUGAUUUCUGUGAACCCAACUGCUGGAUUUGAGAAUUGCAAUUCAUGAUUUGCUGUCUUAUUUAUUGAAUUUGCAGGCUCCACUUUCUUCACUUUAAUAGUUGAAAUAUGUAUAUUGAAACUGGCGAAGUGUGUGGGGCCCCUCCGCCCUCCGCCCCGGGCCCCAGCAGACCCCUGCCCGGCCCUGGAACCACGGAGCGGGUUUAGACGAUGGAUGGAUGGAUGGAUGUAUAUCGAAAAGAUUGUAUAACCAUGUCAGUAGUUUUGAAAUAGCUUUUUCUUUUUUUGCGUUCCUUUUUUAUAAGCCCAUUGUCACCAAAGAGAUGCACAGUCUGCUGUAGGUGUCAUGUUGCUUGUGUGUGUGUGUGUGUGUGUGUGUGUGUGUGUGGGUGCGUGCGUGCGUGCGUGCGUGCGUGCGUGCGUGCGUGCGUGCGUGCGUGCGUGCGUGCGUGCGUGCGUGCGUGCGUGCGUGCGUGUGCGUGCGUGUGCGUGUGCAUGGGUACGUGUGUAGUGUUUUGCAGGCACAAACAUGAACAACUGUUUUACUGGAGAGAUGAACAGGAAGACGGUCUGUCCUCCAUCGUUGUGCAUUGACACGAGAGCAGAGCUCUUGAUCGGCCAGCAAGCGUCACACAUUGCUGUUUCUUUUUAUAAAUCACUUCCUUGUUGAAAUAAAGUGUUGUUGCUCAUU